UCCGCGCAUGCCCGGAAGCUCGCCGCGGUCGCGCGCGGAGCCCACGCAGCGCUUGUCACCCGGGAGCCGGGCCAGCCUGAUCUCGACCUUCCUCAGUCCUAAUCCAAUCCCAACUCCGAGGAGAAGUCCGCACCUCAGAUCAAGAGGCAUUGAGAACCUGGCGACAUGGCUUUAGUCACUCUGCGGAGGAACCUUUCUCACUUGUGUGAUUUCCGGAUACAGGGAGCCCUGGCCGCUCUGAAGAGUCAGCCUGUGAGCCAUUUCCACAAGGCAUUCAGGGAGCAUCCCUGCUACUGGUUCUUUUCACUACAACCAGCCCCCUCCAGGGUCAGGUCCCAUCACGCCUGUUGUAAAAACUUCCAUUCUGAAAACGGAAAUGAGCCUCAGCCAGUUGGCCAACCAGCAUCUUCUCGAGUGCACGACUGGGACAGGCUUGAACAAAACAUUAAACACAUGGACGAACAGGUGUUUUACAGGAGGCUAAAUGACUUCAGUUCAUCGGAAGAAGUGCUGAGUUUUGUAGGCACCCUGGAAACGCUGCCUGAUGCUGGGGCAGCAGGAGCUUUACAGAGGAUCUGGGAAGUAGAAAAGAAAGAUGGCACUGGAAGGCUGCCAGAAGAAAUCCUGGAGAAUCACGUCUUCAAGGCUUUAUGCUUUCGGUGUGAACGGGAAUCUCCAAAUCUGACCAACGCUGCUUUGGUGACAGCUGUGCAGGCCCUGACUCUGGCACGUGUAGAUCCUCAGGGUAGCUUGUUAGAGAACCUAGUGGCAGAAUGCCAGAACCGUCUCCAAAAGGGCGGCCUGGAAGUCCACCAUCUUUGUAUUCUUGGGGAAAGUCUGAUUAAAUUGCGGGAUCCAAGCUGUGUGAUGCUCGAACAGAUUAUAGGUCAACUGCAAGGUGAAGAAUUGGAAAAAUUUUCCCCAGAGGAUAUCAUGGCCCUUUAUAGAAUACUCCAGGCAUGUCCUGAAAAAGUGGACCAAUACCAGACGUUUCUGAGUAAGAUAAACAGGCUCUCUCUGUCGGUUGUUUACAGCCUGAGUCCUAAGUCCAUAAGUCAGUUACUCAGUGCCCUAGUGACUCUCGAUCAAACCCAGGCGCUUCCUCUGGUGAUAAAGCUGGGCAAGUAUGCAGUGAGGCACAUCCCCCGUUUCACUAGUGAAGAGCUGGGCAAUGUCUUAGAGGCUUUCAUAUACUUUGGGCACAACGACAGAUUUUUCAUGAAAGCCCUUGAGCAACACGUACCCGCGCUUUGUCUGGCUUUGAAACCUGAGGUGGUCAGCAAAAUCACCAAGUACUGCAGUACAAAACUGAUUCUUUCAAAACCCAUCUUGAAUGCAGUGGCAGAAAGUUUUGUUUGCCAGUCAGAAAAAUUUUCACCUUGUCAGAUUUCUGAGUUAAUUGAACCAUUUGGCAAACUCAAUUACUUGCCGCCAAACGCCCCUGCGUUAUUUAGGAAGCUAGAAAACACGCUGUUCACUCACUUCAGUCACUUCCCACCCAAGAUGCUAUUGAAACUCCUCCAUUCAUGUUCGCUUAUUGAACGCCAUCCCGUCAACUUUAUGGCAAAAAUUUUUAGCCCUUAUUUCCUUCAACAGCUGCAGGGUCAAGAGCCCUAUUUGGACAGGUUGAGUCGGGCACAACUGACACAGCUUUCCCUAACCUCCAUCCUAGAAUGCCCCUUCUAUAAGGGUCCCAGGCUUCUUCCUAAAUAUCAGGUGAAAUCGUUCCUUACUCCGUGCUGUUCCCUGGAAACCCCUGUGGAUUUUCAACUUUAUAAAUCUGUGAUGAUUGGACUGCUUGACCUUCUAGGAGCGAGACCAUAUUUUGCUUCAAAAGUGUUGACACCCUAUUGUUAUACGAUAGAUGUUGAAAUUAAGUUAGAUGAAGAAGGAUUUGUAUUACCAUUUACUGCUGAUGACGAUGCCCAUAAAAGGGUAGCACUGUGCAUUGACGGUCCAAAAAGAUUUUGUUUUAAUGGCACAAACUUACUCGGAAAAGAAGCCAUUAAACAAAGACACCUACGGCUACUUGGUUAUGAAGUUGUUCAGAUCCCCUAUCAUGAGACUGAGAUGUUAAAAUCAAGACUUGAAUUGGUGGAAUAUUUACAAAGAAAACUGUUUUCUCAAAACACUGGGGUUCAAUGGUAACAAGAAGGAAUACAGACAUCAAAACUCAGAUAAUGAAAGAACUUGUGUUUUUAUGGGACUCACAUAAAGAGAAGAAUAUGUGAAUUUGCCAUUUGGCAGAAUUAUCCUUAUGGAAAAAACUCGUUAGGACUGUGGAGAGGCUGUGUGCAGGCCCUAGGUGAACAGGAGGGCCUGUGGUCUUCCUUAUGCUGUGUACACCAUGUAUCAGUGGGCGGUUUAAAAUGAACUUCAAUACAGAAUCAUAGAUACUUGUUUUUUAUACAUCAAACAGAAUGGAUCAAGUGCAAUAAAGGAAUGUAAUGCAUAAA